AUGUACAUCACGCUCUACUUCAUAGUCACCCGCCUCCCUGACUCUCUUACUGCAGUCAGAGACCUCCUCCUAGCACUUGACCCCACCGACCUCACUUCGCCUCUGCAGCUGUUGACUACCUUCGUGCCGAGAAGGUGGGAGCUGCGUCUGCCCCUAGUGGGAGGCGCCGCGGCGGCAGGGGCAGGGGAGGCCAGAGUGGUGGGGGUGGCAGAGGUGGAGGCGGUGGUGGGGGCGGUGGAGGCGGUGGAGGGGGCGGCGGUGGAGGAGGUAGUGGUGGUGGGGGCGACGGGGCAGGUGGCGGCGGUGGUGGCGGCAGUGGGAGUGGUGGCGGCAGCGGUGGUGGCGGCGGUAGUGGCGGUAGUGGGGGUGGAGGCGGUGGCAGUGGGGGCGGCAGGGGUGGCACCAGCCAGAGGGGAGGCCUUGGAGGUGGCCAGCGGCAGCAGCAGCGUCAGCCCCUUUCGUGACCGCACUGGUCAGACAUGCGGGAGGUCUCACACUCAGCACCGCAGCUUCUACCGCCUUACCGACGCCUUUCGCGCAGAGUUCCCCGACGCGGCUGAGCUCCCCGACCGAGAAGAAUGA